GCCAAGGCGGAUAAAGUAGUGCAUACUUCGUCGGCAUCGCUGCCUUUUCUACCAUUCAUCUCAAAACUGUUUAUCUUGCAGGCAUUAAUUCAAACACCUUGUUCGUCAAUUAUGAUAGCAUGUUUCUCGCUGGGCACCGUCGACAUUUUACCGGCGAGGAAUAUUCCGGCGAGCUCCCGACCAAGCUUCACUUCUCAAGACGCACUCAUAUUUCUCCAGAGAUGCGCCACUUUCAAGCAGAUGAAGCAAAUCCACGCCAAAAUCAUCCGAAACAGCCUCGACCAGCACCAAGUGGUUGUCGCGAAAUUGAUCCGCCUCUGUUCUUCGUACGGGGAGCCGGAUUACGCCGCCUCGGUGUUUGAGCAGAUCGAUAACCCGUCGACGUUCGCCUGGAAUUUGCUCAUCAGAGCGUACACUGUGAAUAACUGCUCGAAUCGAGCUAUUCUUUUGUUCAAUUUAAUGAUUUGCCGCGGUGUGUGCGUGGAUAAAUUCACGUUUCCGUUUGUGAUGAAGUCGUGUUUGGAUUGUUGCUCUGUGGAGAAGGCGAAGGAGGUGUAUGGGUUUGCUGUUAGAACGGGUUUCGUUGGAGAUGUGUACUUGGAUAAUGUUUUGCUGGAUUUGUAUUUCAAAUGUGGGGUUUUGGAUGAUGGGCUGAAACUGUUCGAUAAAAUGCGGUUUAGAACUGUGUUUUCUUGGACAACGGUGAUCUCGGGGCUUGUUCUUAAUGGGCGAAUCGAUGCGGCGCAGCAACUGUUCGACGAAAUGCCGGACAGAAAUGUGGUUUCUUGGAGUGCAAUGAUUAAGGGCUAUGCCGAAAGCGAGACACCGGAAAAGGCUUUCGAAUUGUUCGUAGAAAUGCAGCACGAUGAUGCAAAGCCGAACGAGUACACAUUGGUCGGUCUUCUGAAAGCUUGUAUUAAAUUGGAAAGCCUUAAAUUGGGGUGUUGGAUUCACGAUUUCGCAAUCAAGAACGGGUUCGAGAUUAGUGUUUUCCUCGGGACAGCUUUGAUCGAUAUGUAUAGCAAAUGUGGUAGUUUGGAGUAUGCGUUGCGGGUUUUUGAAGAGAUGGAAGUUAAGAAUGUGGCGACGUGGAAUGUAAUGAUAUCAAGUCUUGGCGUUCACGGGCAUAGCCAGGAAGCACUUGCGCUUUUCGAGGAGAUGGAGAAGAUGAACGUAAAGCCCGAUGCAAUUACUUUUGCGGGAAUCUUAAAUGCUUGUCUGCAGACGGACAACGUUGAGAAGGUUCGCGAGUACUUCAAUCACAUGAUCGAAUAUCAUGGUAUCGAGCCCGGCUUCGAGCAUUAUGUUUGCUUAUUGGAUAUGUACUCUCGUACAACCGAGUUGUACGAAUGAAGCAAAGUCGUUAGUUUUUCUCAUCUUGUAAACGCUCAAGACAUUUGCACAUAGAGCAAGUUAAUAUGAAAUGAUAUGGGAUCAAUUUUUUCUGAAUAA